UGUCGUGCGUUCGUCUGUGUGCGUCUGUGUGUGUGUGUUUGGAAAAUUCUUCGAGUGCUUUUCGUCGUGUGUCGUCGUCGCCCAAAGUCCAGACUCAAUUUCUCGCAGUGUCUGUGGAAAGGGUUGACCGCAAAGUAAAAGAAACACCAUAAAUGAAAAAUAUAAAUGCGUGUGUCUGCUUCGUCUUACCUUGAAAACCAAUGCGUUUCACGCUCGCGUGUGUGUGUGUGUGUGCUUUAUUAACAAAGGAAAAAUCUAAAGCACAAAACCCAGCAACUUAAUAUGUAAAAUGUAAGCCAUAGAAAAGAUUCUUCUGUGUCUCAGUUGCAAUUCAGACCUCCUCGUCUCGUCUUGUCUCGUCUCUUCGAGUCUCCUCAUUCUUCUACGGCUCCUAAACUUUCAAACGCUUUAACUACUACUACUACCUAUUACAUACGUACAUAUAUGUUUAUUUACAAAAAUAUAUAAGUAUAAAUAAAUAUAUUCUGUGAAACGCUUUGGCUGACGUGGCUGCUGUGAACUAUCGGAUAAAAAUUUCAUUUGCCGCCAACUGGGGAAAACUCAUUUUUACAACAGCAACAACAACAACAAGAACAAUAAAACACAAGGCGGUUAGCUGUACCCUAACAACACCAAUACACACUCAAACACACAUAUACAUAAACAUAAACAAACACAUAGCAAAUAGCUGCCUGCCCCGCAAAGAAACGCUGCCAAAUUACGCCUGACCCAGCCAGCCAGCGAAACCCAACAACAACAGCAACAAGAAACACAAAAAUAAAACCCUAGACAACAACUGUGAUCAUAGACUAAAACACAAUAACGGCAACCACGUGAAGAAUAAUAUAUCCUGAGCCAAGAAAAAAGACAUGAAGGACAGUUGCACAAAACGCCGGCGAGACUUGAAAAAGGAAGAACAGGAGAAGGAGGAGCGAAAAGCGUGCCAGCUGACCGCAAUCGAUGUGCAAUAUUGUUAGAUUUAUAGAGCGUUGCGGCGGCCAAUUAGAUCGAACGAUAACUGUUGGAGAAUAAUUGAAUAUUCGAGAACAAAGCUGAGCAGCAGAGAAGGGAAACGAAAGAGGCCUGGGUGGAAUCGGCAACGUGCAGAAGGAGGCUGCUGUAAUGAAGACGACAAUUGACGCGAUGUAGCGCAGACUUAUGGUCGGCGAACGCGACAGGGGCCGUGAAGCGGUACGCUGGGCAACGGGUGAACUAACACCGCUUGAAAACAAUAAUGGAGUAUUACAAAUGGUUGGACAAUUGCACGGUGGACAGGCUGCUAGCCAACAGCAACAACAACAUCAACAACAAUUGCAACAGCAACAACAGAGCCAGCGAGACUCAAAGCAACAACAGCAACAAAUACUUCAACACGAGCUAUAUUACCAGCAACAAGCGAGUGCCGCAGCAGGCACAGCUGGUGGAGGAACAGGAACAGGCGCAGGCGCAGGAGCAAGUGGAGCCAUCUGGCUUGAACAGCAACAACAACAGCAACACGAAGCAAUUGCGCGUGGAUUACAAUUUACGGGCCCAGCCGACGGCAGCGAUAAUCAGCCCUAUUACGAUACAAGCGGUAAUGUCGAUUGGGACCGAGCGAUGGGAACCGGUGGAGCUAGUUCAUAUGGUUGCGGCAGCGGAUCUAUCACAGCAACUGGCAGCACUGCUUAUAACAUUGGGCCAACUAAUGCCGGCGGCGCUAUUAUCCACAACAAUCGCCACAUGGAUUAUGCUGAUGGCGGCCACAAUGCUGGCACAUCCGCCACAACAACAACGCACACAACAACUCCUGCUAUCGGUCUGGGAGGCGCUACUGGAAGCAUUGCUGGGACAACAGCAGCGUCGUCAGCAGCAGCUGCAGCUGCAGCAGCAACCACAUCUACAGUUAGCAGUGGCGGUGGCAGCACCGGCGCCAUUGGCAAAGAAGUUCGUUACGCUCCAUUCCCAGUUACAUCACCAACGCAUUCAAAUCCCACAACUUCCCAGCAAACUCUUGCGUUGCAGCAUCAGUCGCAGCAGCAGCAGCUUCAACAGCUUCAGCAACAACAACAACAACAGCAGCAGCAAAUGGCACUCAGUGGUGGUAGCGGAACCGGCGGCGGCGCUGGUGGUGGCAGCAUUGGUGCAGGUGGUGGCACAGCAGCUGGCACAAUUGGUGGCAUCGGCGGUGGCAUUGUCAUGCUACCCGCCAGCUCCAAUGCUGCCGGCGCAUUGCAGCGGACACAUUCCAGAUCCAUGUCCUCCAUACCGCCGCCGGAACCAUUCAUGAUAGCACAAUCGAAACAAAUGAAUAGUCGCGUCUCGAUCAAUGUCGGUGGCGUUAAGCACGAGGUGCUCUGGCGCACAUUGGAGCGUUUGCCACAUACACGGCUCGGCCGAUUACGUGAGUGCACCACCCAUGAGUCUAUCAUUGAGCUGUGCGAUGAUUAUUCGCUCGUCGAUAACGAAUAUUUCUUCGAUCGUCAUCCGAAGAGCUUUAGCUCCAUAUUAAAUUUUUAUCGCACCGGGAAAUUGCACAUUGUGGAUGAGAUGUGCGUGCUUGCGUUUAGUGAUGAUCUGGAGUAUUGGGGCGUUGACGAACUAUACCUCGAGUCCUGCUGUCAACACAAGUACCACCAGCGCAAGGAGAAUGUCCAUGAGGAGAUGCGAAAGGAGGCCGAAUCCUUGCGUCAACGCGAUGAGGAGGAGUUCGGCGAAGGUAAAUGCGCCGAAUACCAGAAAUAUCUAUGGGAGCUGCUCGAGAAACCAAACACUAGUUUUGCGGCGCGGGUUAUCGCAGUGAUAUCCAUACUAUUCAUAGUCCUGUCUACCAUAGCCCUGACGUUGAACACCCUACCACAACUACAACACAUUGACAAUGGUACACCACAGGAUAAUCCGCAAUUGGCAAUGGUUGAGGCAGUGUGUAUUACGUGGUUUACCCUAGAGUACAUACUUAGGUUUAGCGCCUCACCGGACAAGUGGAAGUUCUUUAAGGGCGGCCUUAACAUAAUCGAUCUAUUGGCAAUACUCCCAUAUUUUGUUUCGUUAUUUUUAUUGGAAACGAAUAAGAAUGCAACGGACCAGUUCCAGGAUGUGCGCCGGGUGGUGCAAGUAUUCCGCAUCAUGCGCAUCCUGCGAAUCCUUAAGCUGGCCCGUCACUCAACGGGCCUGCAGUCGUUAGGCUUUACGCUGCGUAACUCAUAUAAGGAACUCGGUCUACUAAUGCUGUUCCUGGCCAUGGGCGUUCUCAUAUUUUCUUCGCUGGCAUAUUUUGCCGAAAAGGAUGAAAAGGAUACAAAAUUUGUUUCAAUACCGGAAACAUUUUGGUGGGCGGGUAUUACAAUGACAACUGUUGGCUACGGGGACAUCUAUCCCACAACUGCACUGGGAAAGGUUAUUGGGACUGUGUGUUGCAUAUGCGGUGUUCUGGUAAUCGCUUUGCCUAUUCCCAUCAUCGUUAACAAUUUUGCUGAAUUUUAUAAGAAUCAGAUGCGACGCGAAAAGGCCCUGAAACGGCGCGAGGCGCUCGAUCGUGCCAAACGCGAGGGCAGCAUUGUCUCCUUCCAUCAUAUCAAUCUGAAAGAUGCGUUCGCCAAGUCCAUGGAUCUCAUCGAUGUGAUUGUUGACACAGGAAAGCAAACUAAUGUCGUACAUCCGAAAGGUAAAAGACAAAGCACACCCAAUAUAGGCAGGCAAACUCUUGACGUUCAAACCGCUCCAGGACACAAUCUCUCGCAAACGGAUGGCAACAGCACGGAAGGCGAGUCGACCAGUGGCCGCAAUCCGGCAACCACAGGGACAGGCUGUUACAAGAACUACGAGCACGUAGCCAAUCUGCGCAACUCGAAUUUGCAACACCGUCGAACUUCCAGUUCCGAGCAGGAUGCUGCACCGCCCUAUAGCUUCGAUAAUCCAAAUGCACGGCAAACAUCCAUGAUGGCCAUGGAGAGCUACAAACGUGAGCAGCAGGCUUUGAUACAGCAACAACAACAACAGCAGCAACAACAACAGCAACAGAAGAAGCAGCAACAACAGGAACAGCAACAGCAACAACAACAGUUGCAACUUGGUCCUGGAGCAACAGCUGCCAAUAAUCUGGCUGUAGUGGCUGCCACGAGCGCUGUCCAGGCUUUGGCAACAACCAGCAGUGUACAGGAAGGAGGGGCGAGCUCACAAGUCGCCGAGGAUGAUAUGACGCUGGCAUCGAAUCAAAAGGGUCUGCCCAUACAAAUGAUGAUAACGCCCGGGGAAGUGGCGGAGUUGCGCCGUCAGGUGGCGCUUGAGAAUUUGCAAAACCAACGCAUGGAUAAUCUGGAGCAGGACGUGCCCGUGGAAUUCGAAUGCUGCUUCUGCACAACAAAGGACUUCAAGGAGUACACAGAUGCGGAGGGUGUUAUCUCACUUCCAACUUCUGACUUCCAUAAGCCGAUUUGCCUGGAGAUGCGCAUGGCGGCGUCCUCAACGUUGCCCAGCCAAGCAAAUUAUCGUCAGGCCCAUCAUUUCGGUCUGUUGGCGCCGCCCUCAGCUCAACAGCCUCCCCUGCAGCUCACUGCACCGUUCCAACGGGACACAGAUCUCUUGCUGCCCACCUACGCCAGUGUUAGUGGGGCGAACAUAGUGGCGCCCAUUAUCUCACAAUCCUCAUCCACAUCCUCAUCGUAUGGCACAACCACUUCGACCACCAUUGCCCUGCCCCUCGAUGCGUCGACGCGGUUUGGACCACCCUUUGUGAGUGGUGCGGCCAGCUCGAGUGCGAACUUCAACCACAACUACAACAACAACUUCAACACCACAACCACAGGUGCUGGCAUUGGAGGCGGCUUGCUACUCUUCGGAAAUGGCAAUUACAACAGCAACUACAGUAGCAACAAUAAUAAUGCGGACCUGGCCAGCGUGGACAGUUCAGACACAUAUGCCAGCUGUCAAACGCAUCCGUUUCUAUCGCAGGGCGAUCUCACUGCCGACUUCAAUGAUGAUGCCUGUGCCCUGGACAUUGACAUGGACAAUCUGUAUAUCAAUCCACUGGAGAAGGAGUGCGCAGGCAUAAGUAGCUCGACGGGGUAUAUUGUGAGUAUGCCUCCGACGGCUUCGUCAUCGGGCCUAUCGGCUAUGGGCGUUUUGCGGGCGCAGGUGAAGAAGAGCGCCUCGGGGGAUACGCCUUUACGAAAUUUGGCCGCUGGCGGCCUCAGUCCGCUCGACGAUGUCUAUCAGAGCUUCGAUGUUCAGGACAGUCGUGGCAGUCACGUCAGCCUGAAUGAGAACUCAGUGCCAAAGCAUCGCAAGACGCGCUUUCAGCAGAGCUUCACGUCUAUACGGCCGAGCUCCAGCAGCGGCGCAACUGGUGGUGCCAAGCCACGUGCUCGCUUCGAGGACACCAAAUUGUCCGAGGAUAAUGUACGGCUGGAUGGGAGUCCAGCGAGCAGCAAUGCCGGCGUCAGCGGCGGCAGCAAGAAAAAGCGCUCGGUCUUUAUGCCGGGCAAGAGCCUAGCCACUGCCACAAAACUGAUCAAUCAGCAUUUGUUUGGCUUACAGAAUGUGGGCGCCAAAGCCAAAUUCGAGAGCAAACAUUCCUCAUCGAUAGACUCGAUUGAUGCAUCACCAAAUCUCGAACACCACAGACGUUCCAAAUCGAUAUUGAAAAACAAGUCUGAUGUCUCACGCGUGCUAUCCGAUCCCGAGAGUGAGCGUCUGUUGGCAGACAAUAUGUCAGGUUCGGGCGUGUCCGACAAUGGCACCGUCAUGGGCGAAUCUGGCAGCGAUUACUCACCGAAUAAAUUACCUCAUUCAGUUUUAGCUAAGUCUGUAUCCCCACCACCCCUUAGGCACCGUACCCUUAUACAACAACGCUCAGGACCUGCGACCUUGCAAUCGAAACCAACCAAAUUCCAAACGCCUCGCUAUCCCGAAGAGCAGGCUCUGCGUCAGGUGAAGCCUGUGCUGUCGCGUUCCUCAGCCUCGACUCACAUGUCCGGCACCGAUGGACGCUACGAUGCGUCCCAGACGAGGGACAGCAGCCUAGACUCUGAGACAACAUUCACCUCGCCAGCUAACAGUCGCGCCGGCGCAGAAGCGACUCCGGCAGUGGUAGUAGCCGCAGAGCCUGAGGAGGCGGGCGAUGUGAACGACGAACAGCGGGCAUUGCUGCAGACGCGGGAUGGCGAUAGUGGGGGAGAUGCUGCAACAUCCGGCCAGGGGGAUGAGGCAACGUAGCGCUAAGUAUUUAUAAACCACAACCUAUGCAAAAAAUUAAACAUAAUGAUAGCAUUGAAAACAAAAACAAAAACUAAAACAAAACAAAAUGAAAUGAAAAUAUAACUCAAAGUGAUAGCAAAGUUAGCAAAAAUGGAAUGUGAAUUAUGAAAAAGCAAUGAACAGUAUCCUAGUCUAAAUUGAAGUCAGAGUUGAAUACCUAUUUUUACAAAACCUAAUAAAACGAAAACCCUAUGAGUUGCAUUAAGCUAACCGCGAUGCCGCGCAAGCCGUACAAACAACAACAAAACAAACAACAAACAAACCAACAAGGAACACAAAUUAAAUGCAUUAUUUAUACAGCAAGAAAAAACAUUAUAUACUAUAUACAUAACUGAGCCUACUAUAUAUAUAUAUAUAUAUAUCUAUAUAUGUACAUAAACCAUAAGCUAAAACUAUGUGAAUUGAAGAAGGAAAGCUAAAUACAACAAGAGUAAUGAAAGCGCCAGCUAAAGGAAGGAUAGGAAAUGAAGGAAAAGCGCUACAUUUAUUUACAGCUUACAAACAUAGACGAAGUCACCACAAAAGCCUACAUUGUCGAUAAAUAGUUAAAAAGUAACAAAGAGAGAAAUGAAUAUUCAUAUUUCAAGCCCAAAAAUUAUAUAUACAAUAUACAUUAUACACCCUAUAGUAAUACAAAUAUUUACCAUUUGCAAUUAGCAACGAACACAAUUCGCGACAAACAUUACCAAUUAACUAUAUUUUCACGCGCCAAGCAUAUACAACACAGAUAUAUAUAUAUAUACACACAUAUACAUACAUAUAUCUAAAUAUAUAAACCCAAAACUCGAAAUUCAUUUUAAAGAAACAAAAGAAAAUGUAGUUAAAGAUCGUUACGAAAAUGUUUGUUAUCGUGUAAGGCUUUGUGCUUCGUUUCAUAAAAAUCGCAACGCAACAUUUACAAACAAUUAAUAUUAUUAUUAUUUACAACUAAACACAUUUUCAUUUUGUUGCUCUGAGCCUCCUAUUGACAACUAGAAGUAUGCAUUAUGUACGUAAAUAAAAAUGAAAUUGUUUCAGUGUAUCUAGAGAGUAGUAACGUUAUUUAAAACUAAACGACAUUCUAAAGUAUGCGCGCCCGUAUGGAAAUCGCGCGCGAUUUGUGCGCGUUUUCAGAGUUGUGAGCGCGGUUUCGUUCUUCAUUAGUGAUAUUGUGCAUUAGUCGAUGCUUUUCAUUGUGUGUGUGCGUGUUAGUUGAAAGUUAAACAAAUUAGAAAGUUACAAACUAUCAUUAGCGUUAUCAUGUUCAUGUUUAAGGUAUGCUUAACAAGAAAAAAAAAACAAAAUCAAAACAAUUCUCAAAUGAGCAGACGCGAUUUUUUAAAAAGCGGUGUCCCUUCGUUUCGAUAAAACCAAGCAAUACCAUCAUGUUCCUAUGCCGUUUCUACAAAGGACCUUAAAACUCCAAUUUUUUAAUACUUUUCUUUCUUUUUCUUGAUUUUGUGUAUUUUCUUUAAAAAAAUAAAAAACAAUCUAUUUGGUCAAUUAAGAGAAGUAUGUUGAAAUUGUUUAAGUGAUCCCUCCUCACUCAGUUGUGCCCGAAACAUUCCAAGUUGUGUGUAGAAUUUGUAUGGUAAAUGAGAACAUCAGCAGCAUUUCAUUUCAGUGACUAGCGCAUAUAUUUGCAAAACAAAUUCGUAUAUUUAAAGAGCAUUUGAUAAUAUUCUAAGUAUGUUAAAAACGCAACAAAAGAAAAACGCAUGGCUACAAAACCAAAACAAGGUACGAGUAAAUAUUGAAAUAAAAAAUAUUUAUGCAAGCAAAUUUUUACGCUAGAAGCAAAACCAAUAAAUUGAAGCAUUUAUUAAGAAGUUUAUAAUAAAUCCUACAGAUAUAUAUAUGUAUAAAUAUACACAUACGAGUACAUUUAAAGAGCUAGCAACAAAUUAAUAUCGAAGCUUAAGUGAAGCGAGCAAAACAAAUCAAGCCUAAACCUGUCCAGCAUACUUUUUAUGGACCGUAGGACUCUCCCUGGAAAACUAUUUCAAAUCUGGAACCAUUGCCAUCCAGAGAUGCGUACAUUAUUUUCAAUUUUUUUCAAUUUUUUUUAUAUUUCUGUUCUAAACCAAAACUUAAAACUGUAUUCAAUUCAAAAUUUGGAAACCACUUUCUACACAUAAAUGUAGAAAAUCUGAAUUCAAUUUUUCACGAUAGAGCCAAUUUUUUCCUACCACGAAAGAGAUUUUGGUUUCUCAGCUUCUGAGAAUUGAGGCUUCAAAUAAAAAUAUUCACAAAAACUCCAGCAUUGCCAGGAGACGACUACGGUUAAGAUCAUCUAAUGCAGAUAUUCAUUUUGUAAAGUUGUGAUCAUCAUUUAGGCGUAACUUUAUAAGUCCUAAGACGUAUUUACAUAACUUACACCAAAUAUAUGCAAUUUUUGGAGCAGCUAAAAAAUUGCCAGCAUAAAUAAUUGAAUAAACUAAUCGAUCACACAAAAGCAAAACUCAAAUGCAAGUUAGCCUCUUAGAAACAUAUCAGUAAAGGAUACGAGCUCACAUACACACAGGCACUGCACACACACACACACUCAAACACACAUAGAAACAGAAAAUCACACACACACACACAUACAUAUGCAUUGUAAAUUCAAACUAUUGUAUUUUAUUAUGAGAUGCUAACAAUCUCAACGUCCGCUUUUGAAUUAAAAAUUACGAGUAAAUAAGCAACAACACGAGUAAAUAAUUCUAAUUAAGAGCAUAGGUAAACAUGUAUGUAUUUAAAAUUAAAGAGAAUUAAAUAAAAUACAAUUUAAAAUGCUUAAUGCGUCUGAAUUUUGUAAGCAAUUCAUUUUGAAGAUUCUACACAAUUUUUGUGCACUCGUCACACAUUCCAUUCCAUUAUGCAUAAAAGGCGGACUCUAAGUUGAUAUAACAAAUGAAACACAUGUAAACAUAUAUACUAUAUAUUUAUAUAUGUAUGUGUAUAUAAAAUAUUGAGAUUACAAGCGAAUAUGAAACUUUUGUAAAUAUGUUUUUCACAACCAAUUGCGCCGUUACUCAUGUUAGCCCUUUAGUUUGAUAACAAGAAAGCACUGCAAUUUUUAUACAAAAAUCGUUUUGAUUUUUAAAUUGUUACUAUUUUUCUAAAUUAUUUUUAACAGUACGCUACACACGCAUUACAAUUCAAGUGUA